AUGAGCGUCACACGGCCUAUCCGAUGCCUGUUCUGCAGCUUUUCUCGGGCUGCUUCUGCGGGCCCUCGCGUGCCUCGUCGCCAAUUCCACCCUUCUCCUGCCUCGUUCAACGACCGGAAACCGAAAUUCCCCAAUGUCAAGUCUGGUGAUAUGAAGACUUUGGAGGACAUCACGCGGGAUCUGAAGAAGGAGGACUUUAAGCCAUACACGGAGGAGGAAAAGGCCCGGUUGCAAGAACAUUACACACCCGAACAGAUUGCUGCCAUUGAGGCUGGUGAGGCUUCAAUCGACCCCAAGGAUCUGGCUGAUCAGUUUGCCAUUCGCCGGGAUCCUAUGAAGCUGCAUUAUCUGGAUGACUUUUCCGUCAUUGAGCCCGGUGUCGACAAGCACGUGCGCGCCCCGGAGUCUAAUUCGGACUACAACGCUACGUUCAAGAGUGAAGAUGAUUUUGCCGAUGAUUUCGCACGCUUCUUUGCAGAGAUGCCGGAGAAUGCGGCUGCGAGUGAGUGGGUGCGUUUCGCAGAGAACUUGCGGGUAACCAAUGGCAAGGAGGAGAAUGAACUGAACCCUCACACCUCGCUGGUACCGGACCUGUUUGGACCGGGAGAAUCCUUGCUCAAGGUUGGCAAGGAGGCCAAAGAAGUGGAGGACGUCAAGAAGACGAGCUCCAGAGAAGCCGAGGAGAUGACGGAUGCCUUGAAGAGACUCCUUCAAACCACCGGCUACACUGCAAAGGAGAUUCGGGCUCUGAAGACCAAGACUCUCGUUGCGCAUGCAGUCGUGAACCAGACACGUCUGGGUAAGGUUCGUCGACAGUACUGUCUGUCGAUUGCUGGUAACGGUCAGGGUUUGCUGGGCAUUGGCGAGGCCAAGUCUGAGGAAGCCGGUGAUGCCGCAUUGCAGUCCAGGUACCGAGCCAUCAGAAACAUGCAGCCCAUCCCGCGAUAUGAGAAUCGUACCAUUUUCGGAGAUGUCCAAGGCAAGGUCGGAGCCGUCGAAUUGAAACUGAUGACCCGUCCUCCAGGAUUCGGUCUUCGUUGCCAACACCUCAUUUUCGAAAUGUGCCGUGCCGCCGGUAUUCACGAUCUGGCUGCCCGGGUUAACCGCUCGAGAAACCAAAUGAACACGGUCAAGGCUGCCUAUGACGCUCUGAUGUCACAACGCAACCCCGAAGACGUUGCACGCGCAAGGGGCAUGAAGAUGGUGGAUGUGCGCAAGGUCUACUACUCGGGACGAAACUUGGCUUAA